UCUAAAUAACGAAGCUUUAGAUUGUGUUCAUCAUGAAGUUUGUUGUACUUCUUCUGGUCACUUUUCUUUUUCAUGAUGGUAAGCUCUAAUGUAUCAUGGAAUUUAAGCCUUUAUAACCUUGUUUGCAAAGAGCGUCACGAAUUUGUGACUGGCUUUUAAUGAAUUACAAAGAAACUUCAGUUAGUCGGUCGAAGAGUUAAGAGGAAGCGAGAGCGCACACACACGGCUUUAACUGCAGCCAAUUGGUGUUCUUAGGUUGCUUUGGGAAGGUUUAUUGCGUUAGGCGCCUAGCUAGAUUUGAAAUGAAAUGCUAGUUUACAGCAAAGCGCCGUCUCUUUUUAAUUGAAAUGGGAUAGUUUUUCAAUGAUAACGUAGCAGUAAGAAACAUCAAGAGUAUCUCUUUUUCGUUUACUACUUUUUAUGAAGCAAAAGGAAACGAAGUGUUGUCCUGUUUGCAUUGCUCGAGUUUCCUGUCAAUGGAUGACUGCACUGAAAACCAACGAGAGCAAAUCUGUUUUGGAGAAGAAAACCGCUGUGGAACGUUCAUCUCCCACUCCCCUGGACUGCAAGGCUACGCAAAAGGAUGCUUAACUGACUUUCUCUGCCAGGAAUACCAAGCCCAGGGCUACUGUGAGCAGAACCUUGGAGUUGAAUGUGAAGUAAAAUGCUGCCAGAGUAACCUGUGUAACUACUAAACUCCCAGUUUCCACUGGCAGCUUCAUAUUCUUGUUGCCAUAACACCAG